AUGAUUCUCGUGACUCUAAAGCAGACGUGCCUCAAUGUCUCCAAGACUGGCGCCACUGCCAUCAAGAGUGGUUUGCAUGUGGCCUUGGAAGACUGCAGUCUAUCCACGUGUACGGUCCGUGUCUGGAUUGACGCCGACCGUCGAUUACAAACCUCACAGAACAAUGGCACCGCCUACUUUCUCGAACAUAUGACUUUCAAAGACAUAAACCAUCGAAAAUCGCGGUGCACACCUGAACGCCUACACAUCACGCGAACAAACGGUCUCCUAUACCAAAUGAUGCAGCAAAGAUUCACCAAAAAUCAUGAAAAUCUGAUCAGCUAUUGUUCAAAACAAUUCAUUCCAUGA